CGACCUUCCAAGAUGGCAUCCCCCUUUGACAAACUUUUUGGUUUUCCACUUCAGUUUGAUUUAAGUAAUGUGCCAAACUCAGAUGCCAAAAUUUGCAUUGUUUCAAUUUUUGGUAAAAGUCGUUUGAAUCCAUUUUGUAGCAAAGCUACUCCUCUAAACCCUAUUGUCAAUAAAGAUAUAUUUCAAGGAUCUGAAGGUUUUAUUCAAAAGCAGAUCCAGGAUGGUAAUAUUGAAUGCUAUUAUGAUGCUGACAACAGAGUUAUGUUCCUGCAUCUUCUCUCCUUCUAUGACACAAACCUUCUGGUCAAGAAAUGUGAGCAGCUUGACCAAAAUAUCAAUGCACAAGAUUUGUACAAACUUUGUAAAGACGACGAUCUCCAACAUGCUAAAUCCCUUUUGCUGCUCUUCAACCUUUCUCACAUUAUACUGCUGUGUCACCCAAGUAGUACAUUUGAUUUGUCAUAUCUCAAACUAUUUCAUAUAUUGGACAACAUAAGAUUGAAAGUACAAACAAGUAUAGUUGAAAUAUUGGCCACUGUCUCGGGUGUCUCCAAGGACUGGGCCAACUUUGGUCGUGUCUGCACCCCCAGAAUGCUGUUUGUCUUUGAGACGCCUGCCAUUGAUGUUCAACCUGAGGAUUUAGACAGCAACUCUUUAAAAGCUUCAAAAAAAUACCCACCGCUGAAAAAGCUACAAAUGUCUAUAGAAGAUAUGAUAUUCAGAAUAUUAAGAAAAACCAGAGCCAUCACUAAUAUCUCCAACAACUCACUUUUCUCUGUACCAAUCAACCAACCGUAUGUCUACCUUUGUGCCAAGAAGAAUGAAGUGUCUGACCCAGUGGAUUUUAUCCAGGCUCUGAUGAGACAAAAUUGUUGCCCUACACAAGAAGACACUCAAACAGCCAAUCAGAAACCUAAGCCAUACAGCUGCAGUAGAAGAAAGCUGAACGCAAUGGUACCAGAUCCCCUUCCUCUCUCGGCUCCGUCCAACUUUCCACCAUCCACCCUCUCCUCAUCCGCAGCCAAGUUUCCUCUUGUUACGUCAGGAUCCCGGAACCAAGACCAGAGUUUCAAAGAAUUUCUCUGGCAGCACAUUGAGAUGGUGUUUUCAAAAACUAUCAAUGAUAAUGUUGGCCGGCAUGGAAUUGAUCCGAUUUUUGAGUUGCCAACCCUGGGAGUUUGGCUUCUUGCAGCCAAUAAACUCCACAAGUACAUCUUAACAGAAGCCAGCGAUACCACACCAGGCCAGCCAUUUACUAUACUAAAAAAUAUGCUGGACGUUAGCAUGAGAUUCUCUGAAAAUCGAUGCAACAAGGUUCUUCCCAUGGCUGAAAAUGCUUACCAGCAGGACUUACCUCCCUUCUAUAUCACAUCCUAUCACCAGAGCAGGGUCAACAAAGUUAAGCGCUUAUUUGCCCAGUAUGCCAGAGGACCAGCCUAUGAGAAAUACUUGAUGGAGCUAGAAGCUUCCUGUGAGAGAUACUGGAAAGCUGGAAGACAACAGUGUGAGGCUCUGUCUUUAACUGGAAAUCUUUGUACAAAUAAGAUCCACCGUACACCUACUGAGAAACCCUCAGGCCCUGAAGACAAGAGAGCCGUGUCAGAACACUCAAGUCAGAUAAAAACCAAAGCUGCUUGCAACUGUGGUAGACUCCAGGCUGAUAAAGAUGACCCUUUCAACCAUAAGAGUGCAAACUAUGAAUUUUACCAGAGCCUUGAAACCAGCUGCUGUAGUAGACUGGAACACAUAGCCCUGCCAGUGUUCUCAUCCACAACAAGUGAUGUGCCUCGUGCAGCCAGCAUUCCCUCCUCACCAGAGCAGCCAGAGACACAGGUGCUGGCUCAAGAUAACACAGCCAAAGACACAGAAAAGACAGACGCGUUUUCAACUCUAUCGGAACUAAGCUUAGCUUUAAGUUUAGGUCAGUAUGCACCCACAGGUCCUGAGCCUGAGCCAAAAGUUAGCCAGGUUGAAGAUUUAAGGGAAGAAACUCAGCCCCAGGAAGCAGACCUGCAGCUUGAUGAAGAAGCAGAAUUAAAACUCAGCAACCUUAUUUCUACAGAAGAGCAAACCUCUAAAGCAAAAACCAUGCCCAAUCGUCAGCACUCAACAACAGAAUAUUUGCCGUACAUGAUCCAUACAAAAUCACCAGUUGGUUUGUUGCCCAUGUUCUCCUCCUUCUCCUUGUGUAAGCUGGGAUCUAGCAGUAGCUAUGCCCAUAUGAUUGGCUUGGAGCUGCCUGGAUUUCUACCUGGAAGUAAUUUCCUUCUUCCCUGGGACAUCCCUGUAAAGUCUGAAGUCGACAAGUGGCCAUCGGUGUCUGAAACAUUUGGGGGUGGGAAGAAACGACAGCUGAGAAAGAUUUCAAAACCUGUCAUAGAGACUGUAGAAACAGUCUCCGUCAGGGUAUAUUUAGGAAUGGAGUAUGAGUGUCCCAGAGGUCAUCGCUUCUUCUGCAGCGGACCAGAUAAAGUUAUUAAAGUAUCUUCCAAUAGUAUUGUCAAAGACAAUGCUAGUCGUCUGGUGCAAAUGGACAUGCCACUUUACACAGCUUGUCACUGCAAACAACCCAAGGGUUGCAUGUCUCAAAUGAUGAGGGUCUAUAUCGUCACGCCGCGUGAUACAUCAAGCUGUCAACCAAUCAGAAUUCAGAUCAACCCAUUCAUUCAGCCUGGCCCCGCCCCUUGCCCUCUGUUCCAUCCUGGGCUUGACACACCUGUGGAGCUUCCACCUGAUGGAGUUUGGGUACUUCGGCUGCCACACAUCUACCAAGAUGAGCACUGCAUCUACCUAAUGCCCAAUGACCAUCAGCAGUUUCACAAUUGUUUUGUGCAAAAGUCCAUGUUUAACUACAGAAGUUUGUAAUGUCUUCACUUCCUGACUUGGUUUCUAGCUACAGUAGCUUUUGGCGACAAUGGAUCUGGCUUGAUUUUGACCUUUAAUGUUUCCAUUUUAAACUGGACUUCAGCUUCACACACUUUAUCUGCAGGCCAACAUUUUUUUGACCUGACUCAAUGUUAGUUAAUCUUAAUCUAGACCUAACAUCCUGUUAGUUUAACAUAAUGUUGCCAUCUUGAUCUGUUACUAGUCUUAAGGAGCACCUAAUUUGAAUUCCCAAAUGUCAUUUUAAAAAAUCAUGACUAAAUUGAAAACCUUUUUAAACCCUGUCAAUAGUAAAUUUUUGAACAAAGAUGUGUUGACAUCAGGUUACUUUCCUUGAAACCUCUGUCCAGUAUUUUUUUUUUCAUGGCAUUAGGAUGUCAUCAUUGUUGCUUUAUAUUUUGUCUUUCUUGUAAAUAGUUGAUUAUUAUGUAGAUAAAUGUUUCCUUGAUACAUUUUACUUUAUUUAUUAACCUUGAACAUGUUUUUUGGUUGUUUUGCUCUUAAUGUACAGUGUACAAUAAAGUAUAAAUUUUGAA